GCGCUAACCGGCCGCUUCCAGCCCCGGUCCGGGUGCGGGCACGGGAAGGAGCGACGGGCGGCGGGCCCCUGUCCGGCCCGGAUCCCCGCCGCCGCUCCCUGCGACCCGGCCGGGCCUUCCCGGGCUUCUCCUGGGCGGGGAGCGCCCCUCCGGGCUGCGGGACAUCCUCCCCGGGGAGCACGCUCGGGGCGCGCCGCGGCCCCCCGAUUUUAAGCCGGUUUUUAGGCUUGUCCCCCUAUCCUUUCCCCGAGUGCCCUCUCUUUACACCCUUCUUCAUCCACGGGCCCUGUGGGCCGGCUUCAUUCAGGAGGCUUUGAGGAGAAGCCAUCAGCCCCGGGGUGGAGUGAAGUUUUCAUCCGGAAGGGCCGACAGGGAGAAAGGCGGAGGGUCAAGUCCCUGGUCGGCGUGGUGGAAGGUUGGGGACCGUCCGCGGAGGGCUGCCCAGCUGUGAGGCUGGAGCGCAUUCAAGGCGGGUCCAUAGCCCAAACCAGCACGGUCCCUGGAUGCCCUCCAGCGACGGUUAGGUGCCUUGGCGGGGUGGGGUGGGAGGAAAUAGAAGCUUCCUAGGAAAUGAGCUUUCCUGAGCGCUUCCUCUGUGCCAGGCACACUGCUGUUCCUUUCCCUGCGCUGGGAUCCGCCUCAGGAACUUCUAUGAAAGAGAUGCCGUGAUUAUCUCGUGUUAGCGACAGAAGCCCUGGGCGUCAGGGACUCAGAGCUAGCAUGUUAUCACGAGAUGGGUCUGCCGCUGAAGCCCAGGCUGCCAUCAAGAUAACGGUGCUAUGGGGGCAGUGCCCAUCUGGCAUGACUGGAACUGAUUCCUGCUGGCCUGCCCUGUUGCCAUGUGUUUUGCUCAUGAGAAAGUCACUUAGAAUGCUGUUUCAGGAUGAGGGUCACGGUGAUGUUGCCUGAACUAUGCAUAACCUCCAGUGGAGAGGAAUUAGGGACUGAUUGGUGGUUUGCUGUCUUUGCAAGGCAUGGCCCUAGCCAAGAUGCCCAUGGUUGAAGGUGACUAAGGGUUACUCAAAAGUAGAUGGACUUUCAUGGUUCUUCACCAUUCUUGUAGGUGGCUCUGCCCGGAGGAUAACACAAAGAAAGAAAUUGGAAUCUGCCGCUUCGGGACCCAGAUAAAUUGUACAGUGCUGGAAGUUGGCGAUGGCUGUGGCCCUGGGUUGUGCAAUCCAGGCCUCCUUGAAUCAGGGCUCGGUGUUUCAAGAGUAUGAUACCGACUGUGAGGUCUUCCGCCAGCGCUUCCGGCAGUUCCAGUACAAAGAAGCAUCUGGGCCUCAUGAAGCUUUCAACAAACUCUGGGAGCUCUGCUGUCAAUGGCUGAAGCCAAAGAUGCGUUCUAAGGAGCAAAUCUUGGAGCUGCUGGUGUUGGAGCAAUUCCUAACGAUUCUGCCCACAGAGAUAGAGACCUGGGUGAGGGAACAUUGCCCGGAGAACAGAGAAAGAGUUGUGUCACUGAUAGAAGACUUACAGAGAGAACUUGAGAUACCAGAGCAGCAGCUCGAUAGACAGGAAAUGCUCUUGGAAGAACUGGCACCAGUGGGAAUGGCACACAUACCGCCAAACAUCCACCUGGAGUCACCCCCACUCCAAGUAAUGGGACCUGCCCCGGAGGUCCCAGUGGCAGAGGCGUGGAUCCCACAGGCAGGGCCGCAGGAGCUGAGCUUCGGUGCUGCUGGGGAAGGCCAGCCCUUUCUGGACCCUGGAUAUCCAAUACCAAAACUCGACGUGAGCUUUCCAUUGGAGCAUAGAGAAGAGGCAUGGGUGAAGGAACUACAAGAUUCCAAAGAAAUUAAGCAAUUACUCGAUUCCAAGUUAGGUUUUGAGAUCGGGAUAGAAAAUGAAGGAGCUACUUCAGAAAAACAGAAAAAAAUGGAGAAUAUGUAUCCAUUUAUUGUUACUUUAGAGGGGAAUGCUCUUCAUGGCCCCAUUUUGCAAAAGGACUAUGUACAGUUAGAAAAUCAAUGGGAACCCCCCCCAGAGGAUUUACAGAGAGAUUUAACAAAACUUGUAGAGCAUCAGAACCCCUCAGCAGGAGAGAAACCUGAGAGCUCCAACUUGGAAGAACCCCUCAACGCUAGACCCCAUAAGAAAAAGAGUCCAGGAGACAAACCUCACCGAUGUUCUCAGUGUGGGAAAUGUUUUGCUCGGAAGUCACAGCUUACAGGGCACCAGAGAAUUCAUUCAGGAGAGGAACCUCAUAAGUGCCCUGAAUGUGGAAAAAGAUUCCUUCGUAGUUCAGACCUUUACAGACACCAACGACUUCAUACGGGGGAGAGACCCUAUGAAUGCACGGUGUGUAAAAAGCGAUUCACUCGGCGGUCACACCUUAUAGGGCACCAGAGAACCCACUCUGAAGAAGAAACAUAUAAAUGCCUUGAGUGUGGGAAAAGCUUUUGUCAUGGAUCAAGUCUUAAAAGACAUCUGAAAACUCAUUCAGGUGAGAAACCGCAUAGAUGUCAUAAUUGUGGGAAAAGUUUUAGUAGGCUGACAGCUCUUACUUUGCACCAGAGAACUCACACUGAAGAGAGACCAUUUAAAUGUAAUUACUGUGGGAAAAGCUUUAGACAGAGACCAAGCCUUGUUAUUCAUUUAAGAAUUCAUACAGGGGAGAAGCCAUACAAGUGUAGUCAUUGUUCUAAAAGCUUCAGACAGAGAGCAGGCCUUAUUAUGCACCAAGUCACUCACUUUAGAGGUCUUCUUUAAGGAUUGUUAAAGGAAACAAGUCCUACAGAGAUUGACAGUAACUCAAAAAACAAAAUCUUAAACCUGCAGCAUCCUGUUUGUCUUGGAAGAAUUUUUUUGUUUGAGCUUAUAAGAACAGCUUUUUUUUUCUACUUUAAAAACCCAUCUUCCAAGUCAUAUGAAUUCUAGAGUAUCUAUCUACUCUUGCAGUUUUCCUAGAUUUGAUUUAUUCUGUCUCUACAACUCUUAUUUUUUUAUUACAUUGAAAAAUUUUGUGAACCAAGCCAACCGUAUCAUAGAUGUAAGCAUAAAAAUAAUGGCAAUCCUUUUCAGGGUAGGGUCAACAUAAUGGAUAAUCAUAUUUAUCUGACAUAUCUAUUAUAGCAACACUAUAAUUAUUCUGCUGUCAUUAUUAAAGGUGAUUAUAUUAGUUUAAAGCUUUAUAUGUGUCCCAAGUGGCAAGAAAGGAGACAGUGUAUUUUAUGAAAUAAUGAAAAUGUGUUAGGAACACAUGGAUGAAGACGAUUUCAUUUGCCUGGUAUGAACUGGGUUCUUUCCAUUGAAAAUUUUAGUUUUGAGGAAAUUAGAAUUUUAAUCUUUACUUUUGAAUUUUGCAAAGGUGGCUAGUCUGCUUAGUUGCAGCCUGGGGUGAUGCGGCUUAGAGCUGAGUAUUGAUUUGAUGAUUUAUUUGUUCCCAGAAUAAGUCAGCUUUUUGUGGAAGAACCCAUUUGACAGUUGAAGCUAUACAAGUGGAAUCUAAUUUAAUUUAGAUUGACUGAGGAACCAGUGUCCAUUGCUUUUCACUCUCCUUUGCUAUCCAGCUAUGUAUCUCUCAGUGCUUUUAAAUUUUACCCAUCCUUUAAUUCAGUGUCUCCCUAAGUGUGUGUCAUAGAACACCUAGUUAUACAAGAUAGUCUGCAAAUAAGUUUGGGAAUCACUUCCUGCUGUUUCUGCUUUGUAGAUUCACAGCGCACAUCAGCAUAUAAGAAUUCUGAGAGGUCCUCUGGUAAAGGCGGAAAAAGCACCUCUUUUGGCUCAGUGUUUUACAAUCCUGUUUGAGCCCAGAACCCUUUUUCAUGUAUACCCAGUAAUGACCCACAAAGCUAGUAUUCUGCAAAUAUGCUUUGGAACACACUGCCUUUAACAGAUAUUUCUAUAGCUAUCUGUAUAGUCUGAUUGUUCUCAAGCCUAGUUAUCUCCAGUUGUCUCAAGGGUGUUAUGAAAAACUCUUUAAACUUAUAUGUUUUUUAUGUAACACACACACACAUUAUUUAAGGAGGUGAAGGUCACUAAUUCAGAUAUUUAUACGUUGCUCAGUGAUUCACAGCCUCUUUGAAUUUUACUUAUAAUCUCACACACACACAUUGCUACUUACAUAAAUGUUCUCAUAUAAUAGUGGUAAUGACUCAAGUUCCUGUAGCAAGGGAAGAACUCUCUUUGUCAGUUAAAGCUGUUAAUACAUGAAAAUAUUCAUUCAGCCUAGUUCCUUGUAAAAUACAAGAAAUAGGACAUUCAAGUAUUUCCCCUUUAUGAGGAUACCAGUCAUCCUUUCCUUAAACUAGAAUUACAGAAAGUAUAUUUUUUUCUAUUCCAUUGAAGUUCUUGGAAGUGAUAUUUAAUAGAAGCAUUUUGGGGGUAUCUACUAUGUGCCUAACUAGUCCUGUUCUAGGCUUAAUGAAAACUAGUAAAGAAAUUAAUUCAUAAAGAGUUUAUAAUAUCUUUAGUUAAACAAGAGUUGGGAAACAAAUGGAGAGCAAUGCAAGAGAGUUUGUAGUUAAGUGCCAAAUCAUAUCAAGUGCUAGAGCCAGGAUGUGUCUUUCAUUUUUGUCAUCUAGGUCCCAGUAUGAUGCUGCUAUAAGUUUGGGGUUAAAAUUGAGAUCCCAGUAGCAAUAAACAUGGAACAUGGGAGGAGUCUGAAUGUAGAGGUGAAUAAUACCGAAUGUAAUGGCUUCUCUUUUCUCUCUUGUGGAAUUGCAUUCAAACCAGGACAGUGCCUUAGAAUGGAUGUGCCCAACUGCUCUGUAUCUAUGCAAUAUUUUAAUAAAGUGGAAAUGUAUGUGCC